AAUAUCGCCUUCGAAAUCCAGUUAGAGGAUUACAGAAGGGCGCUGCUGCCUAUAACCGCCAACCCCCCUUUUUGACGACGAGGGGUGAUGUCACGUGUUACUCCUUCAAUACGAUGUUAGGCGGUCGUGAGGCGAUAUACCGCUAUAAAAUAUUUCUAAAACGUAACAUAACUUCACGUGCGGCUCAAAUUUCCACUUAGUCAGAUCUCACCGUCGCAAUGGCAAACACCGCCCCAAAAGUCCCCGCAGAGGAGCGCCAAGAGCCUCCCGAGACCGUCGACAAGAAAGCGGAUGCCCUAGUGAAGAUUAUACAAAGAAGCAAGCAUCUGAUCGUGUUCACGGGGGCUGGUAUUUCCACUUCUGCAGGAAUUCCUGAUUUCCGCGGUCCUAAGGGCGUCUGGACGCUGAGGGCCCAGGGGAAAAAUGUCACGGGCGCGGUCAACACUUUACAAGCUAUACCAACGCCUACCCAUAUGGCAUUGGUUGAGCUUCAGAACCGAGGGAUUCUGAAGUAUCUGAUUAGCCAGAAUUGCGACGGUCUGCAUAGGAAGAGUGGAAUCUUACCGGAUCGGAUAUCUGAGCUUCAUGGCAAUAAUAAUCGCGAGUACUGCAAAGACUGUGGGACGGAAUAUCUCCGCGAUUUUCGGGCUGUGGCUUCGUAUGACAAGACAGUGCAUGAUCAUCGCACAGGACGGAAAUGCGCCCGCUGUAAUGGCAUCCUGCUCGACAGCAUCAUAAACUUCGGCGAAUCCCUUUUUGCUGAGCCUCUUCAGCUAGCUCGCGAUCAUGCCGAGAAGGCAGAUGUCUGCCUGGUCUUAGGAUCGUCUCUCACAGUGAGCCCCGCAAAUGAAAUGCCGGAAACUGUGGCACGCCGGAAGGGGACCAAACUCGUCAUUUGCAACUUGCAAGAGACACCCUUAGACGGGCUUGCGGACUUGCGUGUCUAUUCUAGGGCAGAUGAAUUGAUGGUUCGAGUUAUGGAGAAACUCGACAUUCCUAUUCAAUCGUUCAUCCUCCGGAGACGACUGAUAGUCCGAAUGGAAUCUACGGAGGGUGGUCGAGAGCAACUCCGGAUUUAUGGUGAAGACGUUGAUGGAACGCCGGCUUCAUUCCUCCAGUCAGUGAAACUUCAGUAUAACAGACGCGUGGUUCGGUCUGAGCCUUUCGUGAUCAAUUUCCGCGGUGAUCUAGAUCCGGGGACUAAAUUGAAUCUCGAAUUGGAAUUCAUGGGAAACUACGGCGAACCCAAUCUAGAAAUUCCUUACGAAUAUGUCGAUGGAACUCAUUCCCAGCUGUAUCUUCUGGAGUACAACCCACAGACCGGGGAAUGGAAGACUACGAAGCAUGAUGGAUUGGCCGUCGAUUCGUUAGCAGAAAAUGUAGAAUCGGCUCUAGCAAUCAACAAUGCCCCUGAAGUUAUAGUUAUCGAUGAUUAAUACAGUACAUCCAACUUCUCCCGA